AUGGAUGGGCAAGGCCUCAAGCACUUCCUCGAUGAUGCGGAAACGCCAGCCGAUGCCCAACACCCCACCUGCUCGACCUCUCCGGCUCUUUGCCUCGAUCCGAAAGGCGUCCAAGCCGACGACUGGCAGGCUCGGUCCGUGUUCUGGAUGCUGCCGGGCCCUCCCACGGCAGAGCGUACCGCCACGGCCGCUGAAAUGCGGUCAUCUGCUCUGUAUGCUCCCAUAAUACCUCUCGCAAUCCUCGGCCCCGUAGCCACUCAAGCCGAGUUUCUCGCCUAUUGCGACAAGCUGCGCGAGAUGCGAACACCGCCCUCCGAGCGUCUUUACUGCCACAACAAAAGCAAUCCACGAUGCUCUGUCAUGUUCCUCUCCGGCCGCAUAGGCCGCGAUUAUACCCAGCAUCAGCGCCGUGCCCUGCGCAUGGCACUGCGGCACAAGCAAGAAGCUGAACAACAGCAAAAGAAGGGGACCAAAGAAGGGGGCCAGCCCACGCAGGAAAAGGUUUCGAAGCGACUGAAGGCCUCUAAGAAUCUAGAAAAGCCACUGCCACAGAUACCGCUCAGCUACAGCCGCCGCAUAACAUCAACCACCAGCCCCUACGGGCAAAAAGCUUCCCACAACUCGGCAGCAGCGCGUGCAGAAACAGCACGUCAGCUACCUGCCGAUUCAACACAGAGGUCCAAACCAGCAUCGUCGGUACUUCGAGAGCAGAGCCGGCAGCAGCACAAUUGGGGAAACACAAGAGCUGGGAAGGUAGGUUGGACGACGCCCGCUAUCAGCAGCGGCAAGAUUAAGUACCAGGCGCCGCAGUCGGAGCCACGUCUUUCGAAGGGAAUUGGAUUUUUCCGCCGCCACAAGGCCUCCAGGAAGCCUAGGCUGAACGAGAUUGCGCAGUAUUACGCUCGUCAGCUGGUCAAGAUUUAUGAAGGCAAGGAGAAGAUGUACUACAUCCCCGACUCUGGCAUCCCCCGCGCGGAGGCUAUCGUGUUAGGCGCUGGUCCGGCCGGCAUCGCCGCUGUCGCCAACCUUCUGGAGGUCAUGGACGAGUUGGAGGGCAACAUAGUCUGGGUCGACCCAUUGUUUGACUGUGGAAGCAUCCGCAUGUAUCGCGAUGUGCAGAGCUACUCAACCGUUGAAGACUUCCUCUCAUAUGCCCACCGGAAUCGAAUCCUUCGCAGCAUCCUGCAGUCUGUGCCGCCGUCUGAGAAUCCCGUCGAGCGCCUGCAGAUGCUCCCCCGCCAAGGAACCUGCAAGCUGGGCAUGGUCUAUGACAUGCUCAAGUUGUUCACUGAAGGAUUGCGCAAGCAUAAGAGAGUUGAGUCGAUAACUGGAACGGUUACCUUUGCUACUCGGGAUUCCAUCUCGCAUGCCUGGUCGGUCAGCAUAAGGCCUGACGAAAUCGGCUUCGACGUGCAGCCUAUUUUGCGCGAGUCUCACGCAAUAGCCUUCUGUACUGGCUGCCACCCGAGGACAGAGAAUCUCCGGCUCAAAUCAUCCAGCCGCAUCCCUCUCGAGACUGCGCUCUCCAAAAAUGGUCUAAUUCAGGCCCUGCGGCGCGUCAACAAACCACCAACUGUGGCUGUGGUGGGUGAUGGACACUGCGCCGUGUACGUGUUGAAGAAUCUCUUUGAGUUGGCUACGAGCACCCACCCUGGUCUGCGCGUUCGAUGGAUUACCCGAACUCCCCACUUAAAGUACGUCGAAAAGCGUGAUGGCAUCACUUAUAACAAAAAUACAGGCCUUAAAGGAGAAAUUGCCUCAUUUGCACGCUCUCAGCUCGAGGGCGACGUCCUCAGGACCAGCGAGGCGGGAAAGUUCAUUGAACGCAUCAUCGUACCGGUGAGCAGACAUGCCCAAAUGGCAGCCGAACUUACUCGCCCAGACAACGGGUAUCUUGUUGAUGAUGGCGUGGUGCCACUUGUCGAGGAGGACCGGAUGAAGCCUGUCUAUCAGAAGGAACUUCACGGUGUUGACUUUGUCAUCCAAGCCAUUGGCUUUGUGCGCAACAAACUUCCUGAACUUCGGCUCCCUGUCGAGGCAGGUCUUAACAAUGUCCCCUAUGUCUCUAACCCCAAACAUCUUAUGUUCGACAGCGUUACAGGUACCAUCUUCCAUGGAGAACGCGACAGCAGAGAGAAGAGUGCACCCAUCGGCCUGUACGGCGCUGGUAGUGCGUUCCCCGAGUUGGAGAGAACAUCUCCCGGCCUUCCACGCGAGCCGGCAGUCAGCAUGGCCAAGUUCAUGAAGUACCUCGAAUGCAAUGCCCCUGAAUGGAUCUUUGAACUCAGGCAGGCCGAGCGUUGGCACCAUCGCAUGCGGGAGCGUAAGGUUUGGAAAGCAGUCGCCCGCGGCUGGUAUAAGCAAGAUUCACGGGAGAGGCGUAUACUGCAACGCAUGCACGAAGGAGAAAUACUGCGGAAAGAACUCGGCGAACCUAAGUGGUAUACCGAAUGGAAAGCUUCCAGGAGGUCCCGUCUCACGCCUCGUCAGCUUCGUAUGCUGCAAAUCCGCCAGUCUAAACUCGACGUCUGGUACCGGCGCCAACGUUGGUACUCUUACCGGGAUAUUGACUGGCGUCGACGCACGAGAUGGGCUGCAGAAUAUGCCCUACGUCCCGGGUAUACAAAGUUUUACCGUCAGGCUGAGCCUGUGGAGGUCAUAAAAUCGAAACAAAUGACUCCAGAAAUGUUGAAGAGGCGCCGGGAAAGGUGGGCGAGGAAAAGGUUAAGGUGGAAACAAUUAAGAAGAUUAAAGACAUUGGAAGCAAAGAAGCGAAAGGAGGAGGAUGAAAGACGAUCCUUAAGGGAGUUGUUCAUUCUGCAAGAUGAACAAGAACAGAAAGCAAAAGAGACGGCACAACAAGUCGGCCAACAAGCCAACAACACUGCUUGA